UAUCUGUAUUUCCACACACACAGCUGGCUGAUGGACUAACUUCAUUACAACACACACACACACACACGCACACGCACACACCUGCUGUAGGCUCACUCACUAGCACACCUUGAUUAUAGGAAGGGGGACACGCACUUACACACAUUCACUCGCAAGCUCACACACUCUGUCUGUGGCCAGAAGUCAACAUGGGUCUUGUGAUGGGAACCUUUUCCAUGCAAACCAAGCAGGUGAACUACCGCAAAGAUAAAGCUGACGAUGACUUGGAGAUGACGACGGUGUGCCAUCGGCCGGAGGGCCUGGAUCAGCUAGAGGCAAUAACCAACUUCAGUAAAAGAGAGCUCCAGGUUCUCUACAGGGGCUUCAAGAAUGAGUGUCCGAGUGGUGUUGUAAACGAGGACACCUUCAAGCAGAUAUACUCCCAGUUCUUUCCACAUGGAGACGCCAGCACCUAUGCACAUUACCUGUUCAACGCGUUUGACUCAGCGAGUAGCGGCUCCAUCAAGUUCGAGGACUUUGUCACAGCUCUGUCCAUCCUGCUGAGGGGCUCCGUCACAGAGAAGCUGCAGUGGACGUUUAACCUGUACGACAUCAACAGAGAUGGAUACAUCAACAAAGAGGAGAUGACAGAUAUCGUCAGAGCAAUAUAUGACAUGAUGGGAAAGUACACCUACCCCGUCCUGAAACACGAUGCACCCAAACAGCACGUGGAGGCCUUCUUUCAGAAAAUGGACAAAAACAGGGACGGUGUGGUCACUCUGGACGAAUUCAUCCUUUCUUGUCAAGAGGAUGAAAACAUCAUGAGGUCUCUGCAACUCUUUGAAAACGUCAUCUAGACGCCAGAGAAGAGGGACAACGGUGCAAUAUAUGAAAACCCCAGAGCAAGAGAGGAGAGAAGAACAAAGAGAAGGAGCGAUGCCCAUGCACAAGAAAAAAGG